GCGCCCCCCUUUUGUUUACAGAGUAGCCGGGGCUGCGGUGACGUCACGACCGCACCACUCACAAAAACAACAAUAAGUAUCCCUCCGCCGGAGCGAGACCAAACAACGCAGUCGGCUGGCAGUUUUGUUUUAUUUUCUCAUUCUCGUUGUGUACGUACUUUGAAAUUUCCUUUCCUUGCUCCGUCUCUCAUUUCCCUCGCAUCGCCGCUGCUUUUUUUUUAAACGUUAUCUGUUACAGGGCGGGAUAGUUUUCACCCCCUGCGUUCGAGAGUAAGUAAAGGGCUUAUUUUAUUUUUUUGUUGUAACGCGGAGUGUGGAAAGUGGAGCGAGGAGUUUUUUUUUGAAGUAAAGAGCGUCGAGUGUGAAAGUACCGAGGAGUUGAAGUCAACCGAGCUACUAAGUGCGGUGUGUUGUUGUUGUGGUGUUGUGUUGUUGUGUAGUCGCGAGGAAAUCGAAGCAAGCGCGCGGGCUUCAACAGCCGCCGUUCGUCUACAACAGCGACUCAAGGAGGAGGGGAGGGGGGUCCCCGUCUUAAGAGGAAGCGAAGUGAUGAUGCAAGGGUCAGGUGGUCUCCCGGCGGCCAAUCAAGAGGCGGCGGGCGAGGCGGCGCGGCGAGCCGAGAACUGCGUCGCCGAGCUGUCCAUCACCAACGGCGACGCCCCCUUCCUGCCCGAGGUGCCCGUGUCUAUGGCCGUGCUGGGAAGCCAGAUGCUGCAGCAGCCGCUGCUCUCCUCCCAGCAGCUGGCGGCUCUGCUCCAGCAGCAGCAGCAGGCGCUCCUACUGCAGCAGCAACAGCUGCAGGAGUUCUACAAGCGGCAGCAGGAGCAGCUGUCGGCUCAGAUCUCACGCAGCUGGCAGGAUGGCAGCCUGUGCGAGGUGCCGUCCUCGGGAUCCUCGCUCACGCAGCAGCUGCUACUGCAGCAGCAUCUGCUGAGCGUGCAGCGGCAGAGCCAGUCUCAGGGGGCACUCUCAGGCGGCGAGGUGUGGCGGGAGGGCGGCUGCGAUCGGCUCGGCGGCUCCGGCGCCGCCGCCGCCGUAGGAGGGGGGGGGGCGCCCCCCCCCAACCACCGCAACGGAGCCGCCGAGCCGUCGCCGGGAGGGAGGCCUCCGCUGGGGGGCCCCGCGCGCGCCCCCCUCUCCCUGACCCCCGCGGUGUGCGGGGGGCAGUCGGCCCCCAUCGCCGCGGCCGGGACGUCGGGCUCCCUCAACGGGCACUCGCCUCCGUGGAAGGGCAGCCCGCCACCCAGGGAUGGAGGCAAGAGCCACGUGCUCUUCUGCCAUGGGAUGUGCAAGUGGCCGGGCUGCGAGGGAGUGUUCAAGGAGUUCACGCAGUUCCUGCGGCACAUGAGCACGGAGCACAUGCUGGACGACCGCAGCGCCGCCCAGUGCCGUGUGCAGAUGCAGGUGGUGGACCAGCUCGAGAUCAAGCUGCUGAAGGAGCGGGAGAGGCUGCAGGCCAUGAUGGUUCACCUCCGCGUGGGGCCUCCCGAGCAGAAGCCGCAUCACCAGCCGCUCAACCUGGUAUCCACGGCAGCCGUCUGCCGGGCGACGGAGCCGAUGAGGACCCCGACCCCUCCUCCUCCUCCCCCCACCACCACCACAGCGGUGGCAGCGGCAGCGGCCGCCCUCCUCGCGGCCACCCCCCCGGCGCUGGCCCCUUCGUUGAACCCGGGUUUGACCCCCGCAAUGACCCCGCUGGCCCCCGCCACCCUCGCGGCUCCUCUGGCGGCGAGCGCCUACGGGACGCCGCUGUGCGCAGCCGGCAUCGUCGCAGCUAAAACCACGGCGCAGCCUCAGCCGCCCCCGGCGCCGCCGCCGCCGCCGCUACAACCGCCGCAGCAGCCGCUGUCGUCGGCGCUGCCAGCGCUACUGGCGCAACCGCAGGCGGGCGCGACAUCUUGCCCCGCGGUGCCGCCCCCGGCGACCGUUGUCGCGGCGACGCCUGGAUGCGUCGUCACGCCGACAGCAGGGGGAGGAGGGGGUUCGGCAAGAAGGAAGGUGGAGAGGGCAGCCAGCCCCCUGCUGCCCGACGUAUCCAAGAGCCACGACUUCUACCAGAGCACGGACGUGCGGCCGCCGUACACUUACGCGUCGCUCAUCAGACAGGCCAUCGUGGAGGCCCCGGACAAGCAGCUGACUCUCAACGAGAUCUACACGUGGUUCACUCAGACCUUCGCCUACUUCAGGAAGAACGCCGCCACGUGGAAGAAUGCCGUGCGGCACAACCUGAGCCUGCACAAGUGCUUUGUGCGCGUGGAGAACGUGAAGGGCGCCGUGUGGACGGUGGACGAGGGCGAGUUCCAGAAGAGGCGGCCCCCCAAGCUUGCCGGGAGCGUGGUGGUGAAGAGCUCAAAGUCGGGCCAUAAUUACAGCGCCGAUUACAACGGAAUGUCGUCGUAUGGAGCGAUGGACAUCGGUGACCAACUGCUGACCGGCAUGGGAGGAUCUCUGGUGGGGCACCACGUCUACGAGGGCGACGGAGACGCGUACUCGAUGGGCGACGCUCACGCCAGCCCCAACCGCUCGCCCCACGACUACGACACCGACUCGUCCCCCGACGGACGACUCUGCGAGCCCUUCCCGGACAUGCCCAUGCGCCGGCAGAAUCAUCAUCAUCAGCAGCAUUAUCAUCAGCAGCAGCAUCAUCUUCAUCAGCAGCAGCAGCGACAGUACCUGCAGAGUUUCCAGCGCCGGCACGGAGAUACGAGCGGGAGCUGGGAGAGGCACGGCGAGCAGGCGGUCGCGCAGCACCUCGCGCACUCGGCGCGGGUGAAAGAGGAACCCCACGACGACGACGACGACGACGUCGGCGGCGGCAACGGCGAGGAUGGGGGCCCCCCGCCGGUCGCCAUGGAGACGGCGGCAGCGGGAGGAUGCGGCGGCGGCGGCGGCGGCCACGAUCGCGAGAUGAUGGAGCAGGGGGAGGAGGAAGGGGGGGAAGGGGAGGAGGAGGAGACGAAGGCCAUGACCUUCACGGAAGAGGGGUUUUACGAUGGCGGUGGCGGCGAGGAGUUUGCGCCCUCGAUCAUGGCACAGGGAGCUUCGCCGGUGUCCCACUGACGCGUCUGCGCCACCAACUGCUGCCCCCUCCACUCCAACGCGGUUGGUGGGGGGGGCAGUGGGGGGGGGGGGGGACAACGUCCCGUGACAAAUACCCCCCCCCCAUGAAGACGACAUUAAUGGCGCGCUCCGAAACGGGACGCACGGACCUGAUCGCAAUCCUCGGGGUAUAACGAUAUAUUAUUCCGCUCUGUGUUUUUUUUUUAUAAAUGCUGAUAUUUUUUAAAUCGUAUACCGUCACACCCCCAGUGUGUGAAAUGGAAUGUUCCAAAGUGUUCGUGCUGCUGUGUGACACUUGGACCCCCCCCUCAUCCCACCCCCUAUACUCCCCCCCCCCCCCCCCAUCUGUGAAAUGACAAUGGAAUGACCCAAGGCUGAAGAGUGGUGGCCGAAUCGGUCUAUUUUGUAAUACGGGGGUGAAGUAUUGCGCAGGAGCUUAAUACAGCCCUGUCUGAGAGAGGCAUCUGUAGAUGCCAUUGUCUGCUGGCAACAAAGAUGAUUAUGACAGUCCCGAUGAGAUGAGUGCCAAUGUUUGUCCGGAAUUUUGAACUUUGACUCGCUCUCUCUCGCACGGGGAAACUCGCACGCUUGCAAAAGACAAAAGGUUCCCGUAUAGCCUUAGCAGCCAGUUUGGCCAAGUGCUGUUCGCAAGUAGGCCCUGUGAAGGUCGGCACGGGACGGGAUGAGUUGCCAAAGCUACGCCCGGCCGCCUUUAUCUCCCCAGUGCUGAUAUUUACACAUGGUACCGGUCUCUCUGAGUCGACCUAGGGGACGCACAGGACCAGUUCGCAUAUUUUCCACUGUUAUUGGUCACUAGCGGGAAUCAAACUCGGGUGGCGGUGUUCGUAUCGCAGCCCGCUAACGGCGACGCUACCGCUCACCGCACAGGCUUGGACGCACACACACACACACGUGCUCCUCACGCAUACAUGCCGUACACACUGGCGCACACACUCGCACACAAACACCCCGUCGUUCACACUUGCGCACAAACACAACAACAACACCAUUCGCCACUAAGUGGCGGUGACAUCACC